UCCUUUAGUUAAUGACGAGACGCUUCAAUAUAAAGGAGGUGUGUCAGGGAUCGCUCGUCUUACUUUGGAAAUUUAUCUACUGAGAGAAUAUUUUUCGAUGUCACUCUCGUAUCUUGUGUGUGUGUUCUACAUGAAUUUAGUCCGCGAGAAUUUGACUUUGAGGAUUUACAGCAGAAAGUUUCCGAUAUCCAAGUAACUUAAAAUCUUGGAAUAACAAUAAACAAUUCGCGUUUUUCAAGGUAAUAACUUACGAAUUCGCUUAGAUAGCGUUUUUAUUCUAGAUUUAACAGUAGCUUGUGAACUCCAAACAAUUCUUCGGCAGAAAAACUAGAUACUAUUCGACAUCCUUUUUUUCAAUUUAAUGGCGGUCCGUUUUUUAAAUAUAUUUGAUUUUUGAAGCCUACUCUUAGAAGAAAAAAAAAACAUGGAGAUGGAACAAUAUCAGCUUAGUACGUCACUUAUGGUGACAAAUGAAGAGUUAGAAUCGCCGAAUAUGUCGAAUCAGACGAUGAUGGGAUUCCCAAAAGGUGAAUUGCAGUGGAUGACCAUUGGUAUUCCUAUAGUCUACGGGAUCAUCGUAUUAAUAGGUCUCAUCGGGAACGGCUUAGUCAUCAUAGUUCUCCUUAGCUACAACAACAUGAGGACAAUCCCUAACAUCUACAUACUCAACCUCGCCAUUAUGGAUUUUCUGUUUGUCUUGACUUUGCCAUUUCAAGCUGUACAAGCUGCAUUAAUGGCGUGGCCGUUUGGGUCGUUUCUAUGUAAGCUGAUAGUUGGUUGCGACUCCGUGAACCAGUUUGCUUCGAUCUACACUUUAACUUUCAUGAGUGCGGAUCGGUACAUCGCGGUGGUGUAUCCCCUAUCAUCGAUACGGUACAGGACCAAGAACAAGACCAGGAUCUUCUGUGGAUUAGUUUGGGUGCUCUCCAUCCUGCUCACUCUACCUACCUUCCUCUUCUACAACACCAAGACUUAUAAUGGGGUGACCAGCUGCUACACCGUGGAUAUCUCAGACAGGCAAGCACAUUUCUAUGCUUAUUUCAAUCUGGUCUUAGGCUUCUUGCUACCCCUCGUAGUAAUUCUUAUGGCGUAUACCACGCUGUUGUACAAAAUGUUACGUAGUAACCUACCCUUGAGGUCUGACGGUGCAUGUAGUGCAGCUCAGAGAGCAUCCAAGAGAGUUUCAAUCUUAACCAUCUCUGUCAUUGUGGUAUUCUUUGUCUGCUGGAUGCCGUUUCACAUCAUGCAGAUAUGGCAAGCCAUUGGUUGGACCCAUAGUACAGCCGUUCGUGUGACCUGGUCCAUUGCCAUUUGCUGGUGUUACAGCAACAGUUGCUUUAACCCGCUUGUUUACACGUUCAUCGGUGAGAACUUUAAGAAGAACCUGGCAGACAUGUGCCCCUGGUGCUUCCCCGAAGCAAGCAAGUUCGACCGGAGCCGUUGCCGCGACAGCAGUACCUACACGCGCGGGGGCACCAUGCGAUUGCACAACGUUCACAACGAGUACACCACCAGCCCAACCAUUGCACCAUCGACAACACUCGGUAGUGAUGGCUACAGUGAGAAUUCACCCAAGAUACAAACCUACACCUUCAGUACCUGA